AGGCCUUUCCUCUCAGGCUUUUUUGGCCCGAAAGCUUGCCGACUCUGUGGCACUGUGAAAGCUACUUUUCACCGUGGAGAGAGUUUUUUUAAGCACUUGUAGAAACGCGGCAAAGAGAAGAGUUAGUGUUUUCGCCCUGCCUGGCAGAGAUAUAAGGAGGCGGUUUCCAUGAGAAUGCAGCCACAGCAAAAAGUUCUCAGCUGCCUUCCGGAAGUGGAGUGGCGGGAACCUUGGCCUCAGUGCCCACCGCCCCCCGGAAGCGGAAACAGAAUCUCAGCGUGCCCCUUCCUCACUGCCCUCCAAAUCCCGCUGCAGCCAUUGCCGCAGCCACGAUGCCGAAACGAAAGAAGCAGAAUCAGCAACAGCAACCGCCGCCACAGCAGCCACCACUGCCCGAGCGGGAAGAGACUGGAGAUGAGGAGGAUGAGAGUCUCAUAGGACCACCCAGCCUUCUGGGCCCUCCUCCCAUGGCCAAUGGAAAGCCUGGUGACCCCAAGUCAGCUCUUCACAGAGGUCCUCCAGGAUCAAGGGGACUGAUGAUUCCACCACUGCUGAGUCUCCCACCUCCUCCCCGGGGCAGAGGCCCAAUCCGGGGAGGCCUCGGCCCCAGGUCUGGCCCAUAUGGUCGUGGUUGGUGGGGGGUCAGUGCUGAACCCCCUUUUCUGGGGCCAGGCCAUGGGGGUCCCUCCAGGGAAAGCUUUCACAAAGAGCAGAGAAACCCUCGAAGGCUCAAAAGCUGGUCUCUUAUCAAGAAUACCUGCCCGCCUAAGGAUGGCCCCCAGGUUAUGGAAGACAAAUCUGACCGCCCCGUCUGUCGACACUUUUCGAAAAAGGGCCACUGUAGAUAUGAAGACCUCUGUGCCUUCUACCACCCAGGCGUCAAUGGACCUCCUCUGUGAGACUGUGCCUUCCCAUCCAGGCUGGAAGGAGCCCUCUGUGACCCAGCGGCCAUGUAUUUCCCUGUGGCCCUGUGAUGGCUACUGUGAGGCUCUUCCACCCAACACCCUCGGUCAAUGACACGUCCGCCCCCAUCCACCACCUCCCUGGUUUGGGGUCCAGAGUUGUGUUUCAUCACUGGUGCGCAGCGCGCUCUGUAUUCUGAUCCAGCCUCCAGAGACAUGCCUUUGGGACCCCUUGCUCCCUUCAACUGCCUCCUGGAUCUUCUUCCCUUUCGCCAAAUGACUGCUGAACAGGAAACCUCUUUGGUGCUGUUUCUUGUGCAUCUGUCCACCUGUCCCCAGUACUGCCCUCAAUUCCUGAGAGCCCUGGAGCGGUUUCCUACCCACUUUAGCUGCUUAUUUUAAGUCCUUUUUAUGUGACAUCCCAGUGUUUUCAGCUACUUGGGAAACUCACCAGGUUUUCUGACCUGGGGUCAAGUUUGGGUGACUGGUACAGAGUUGCUUCCUGAAAGGCAACUGCCCCUGCUUUUGGAUUUCCUAGUUUCUCUGUCAGUAGCAUGAUCCCCACCGCUAUGGUCUGUGAUCACUGUGCUUUGUGAAACUGUGCAUCCCCUCGUAGCCUCUCUCACUGUCUGUGGCAUUUUUGUGAUUUCCCAACACUAGAAUAAGUUUUUCUGCCAAAAUGAGUGAGGCUCUUGGUGCCCUCUAGACUUUCCCCACAUCCCAACUUGGGAGAAUCGUGAAACUCCACAAGACUGCCUCCCUGGUCCUCCCUGUACUUCUCCUGGUGUUGAUUAUUCUUGGUCUGACACUGGCCAAUGAUGUCUUGUAAAGCCUCAGAUGGGCCUCCCUACCCAGCUCCUUUUCAGCCUGUCUUAGUUAGACUAUGUCAUUGUGAAGCCACCAGCCCUUUCAUUUGAAUUCUGUGAAUCUCCACCUGGCCAAUCUACGGGUGGAACCUGGACAGUACUGUUGCUCUCUUCUGAUACUCUUCCCUCACAUCCCUGGCACUGGUUGUUUUCUGUGAAAACGGCAGUGAACAGGUUCAGUUUUGAGCUGGCCCUGAGAAAAUGGGUCAGGAGUUGUGUGGGCAAGAGGGAGGGAUGAGAGCGUUGGAGAACUGAGAAUGAUUUUUUUUCUUUUUAACAUUUUUUUAUAUUAGUAAUAAACGCAGUGGAAACCAGCAUUUCCUUAA